UUUUAAGAAUUUCUGCAGAACUAAAAUGCAAUCACAGUGGAACUCGAAGUCUCACCAUCGACCAGCACGGAGAGCUUCGUGCGAAGUCCGGGGGGCCCGGUCAUCGGAGAAUUUCAAGCCAAGCAAUGUCAUCCUUCGGAAGCUCUAACUGGCCGUUCGGGGAGGACGGCCAUAUCGGUUUCGAUCCUCACUUCCAAUCUCAGCGCUUAGACUCGUUCUCCAACUUCGAUGCCAGCUCUGCUGGUGAUUCGUCUCUCAUAUUCGGCAACCAGUCUUAUGCAGCCGGCGACGAUUUUUUUUCGUCUCGGCCAGUCUCGGAAGCUCCUUCUCCGCCAUCGAUCUACUCCGCCGCCGGCGUAUACACUACGUUCUCGCCGGAGCAGAGUGUAAAGGAUCUCGAUUCUGAUUUUGGUGCCUCUAAUGGUCCGAUCUUACCGCCUGCAGCGGACAUGGAACCUGAAGUGGGAUUCGCCCUGAGGGAAUGGCGAAGAAAGAACGCAGCUGAACUUGAAGAGAAGGAGAGGAAGGAGAAAGAGCUGAGGCAACAUAUUAUAGAGGAGGCGGAGGAGUACAAAAUGGAGUUUUGCCGGAAGCGUGAGAUUAAUGUUGAGAACAACAAAGCGUCAAACAGGGAAAAACAGAAGCUGUUUCUGGCAAACCGAGAGAAAUUCCAUGCCGAGGCAGAGAAAAACUACUGGAAGGCAAUUGAUGAGCUUAUACCUCGUGAAAUGCAAGCCAUAGAGAAAAGAGGGAAGAAGGAAAAGGAGAAGAAGCCUUCCAUUGUAGUGAUUCAGGGGCCAAAGCCAGGGAAGCCAACUGAACUUUCAAGAAUGCGCCAAAUUUUGUUGAAGCUCAAGCAUAAUACUCCCCCACAUAUGACGCCACCCCCAUCAUCAGAACUGAAAAAGAAUGCUAAGUCCGGGCCUCCUGAUGGAGCAACUACACCUCCCAAGGCUGUGGAGGUUGUUGCGGCAGCUUGAGAGGGUUGCUGCCUGCUCAUUCUAUGUGUGAAAAUCAGUAUGUCAAGUUUGUGACCGCUAGUUUGUGAGCAUCUUGGUCAUGGGUGUGUGGCUGUGUAUUAUGUUGAAAGUUAAAAAUAUCCAUGUCGAUUUUGGUUACUUAAUAAUGUAUUGGUAUUUUGUUUGCU